CCUCAUAUAUCGUCAUAUAAAAGCAGUUGAUCCUCCUGCAGCGGCUCGCUGGAUCAAACCAACGUGGUUAGCUUGUUUUUCCGGGUAUGCGCAGUGACGCUGCGCCGCAAGCAUCCUGCUUUUCUCCUUUUUUUGUCUCGCUCUCCUGCUCUCCGUCUCACUCCUCUCCUCCUCUCUGCAGCUCCACACUACUACACAACCCAGCUCAAAACAUGGCUACCAAGGUUGCUGUGGUAACAGGCAGUAACAAAGGCAUCGGGCUGGCCAUCGUCCGAGCGCUCUGCCAGCAGUACCAAGGAGACGUUUACCUCACAGCCAGAGACGUCGGUCGCGGUGAGGAAGCGGUGAAGUCUCUGGCUGCAGACGGACUGAAGGCCAUGUUCCACCAGCUGGACAUCAACGACCUGACCAGCAUCACCACCGCCGCCGCUUUCUUCAAGGAGAAGUACGGAGGAGUGGACGUCCUCAUCAACAACGCCGGGAUCGCUUUCAAAAUGGCAGACACGGCUCCAUUUGCAGUUCAGGCGGAGGUGACCCUCAAGACCAACUUCUUCGCCACCAGAGACAUGUUGACUCACUUCCUGCCGCUCGUCAAAUCUGGAGGUCGUGUGGUGAACGUCUCCAGCUUCGUCGGCUACCGCACUUUGACCCAGUGCACCCCGGCCCUGCAGGAGCGCUUCCGCAGCCAGGACAUCACAGAGGAGGAGCUGGUGGGACUGAUGGAGAAGUUCGUAGACGAGGCCAAGAGGGGCGUGCACCAAAAGGGCGGCUGGCCCGACACAGCGUACGGCAUGUCCAAGACUGGACUGACGACUCUGUCCAUGAUCCAGGCUCGCCGUCUGUCCAAGGAGAGACCGAAUGACGGGAUCCUGCUGAACGCCUGCUGUCCAGGCUGGGUGCGCACUGACAUGGCCGGUGACAAAGCCCCAAAGUCACCAGAGGAGGGCGCCAUCACCCCGGUCUACCUGGCCCUGCUGCCGCCCGGAGCCACAGCGCCUCACGGGAAGUUUGUGUCUGAUAAAGAGGUCCAGCAGUGGUGAAAGGCAUUCUAAUUUAGCAAGAGCACACCUGAUGGGACAAACCACCUGAGUGAAGACAGCUCAGGGGAUCAGUGGCGGUUCUAGUUUUACUGUGGGGGCCAAGGAGGGGCCAGUGUUUAAUCAGAGGGGCACAUUAAAAAACAGCAAAGAUGAUAUUUAAGCAUUCAGAAUCUGUAUUUUAGGUUAUUUAAAACAUCUCAUUUAAGUAUAUUUGGUACAAAUACAUUGAUUUAAAUAAUGAGACUCACCAACAAUAACAUUUUUUUUUGUAUGACGAUGACAUUUCUCAUUUAUUUUGAACAAUCACUUUUUUAUUUUGAAAGUGCAGUACAGUCAGAAUGAUAUAUAUAUGAGAUAUAUAUAUAUAUAUACACACAAUAUUUAUUCUUCAUUCUGGGUUCCUUUUGUGUACAAUGAGAUAUUGUUUGAACAAAGAAAAGGUUAGAAUUGUUCUGUUGUUCAUGGUUAUAAAUUGAUCAUUUUAUUAUUGAUUUGACACAGGGGCCACAGCAGGGGCCAAGGGCUUCUUCACAGGGGCAGUGGCCCCUGGAGGCCCCUGUGUAGAACCGCCACUGAGGUGAUUAAAUGAGUCCAGUCAGGUGUUGCUCCUGCUGGGUUGGAGUGAAACCUGCAGCCAAACUAUCGCUUCCAUUGAUUAGUUUGAUACCCCUGGGCUAAAAGGGAUCUGUUGGUGUGUGUGUGUGUGUCUGAGGGAACUUGGGUAUUAAAUGACCAAAAAACUUGUCAAAACUGCCAUAAAAAUCAACUUACAAUAAGAAACAUUUUCAACAUUUGAAAGAAAGCAUCACACAACAUGGAGAAACUAUUACAACAUGUUUCCUCAGAGAGUUUAGCAGUUUAACCAAAUGUUGAUGGACAUAAAAACCAAAAUGGCUCAAAUUAUUCCAAGAGGAUCUCUGAUAUUUGUGUGUGUGUGUGUGUGUCUGCUGGAUUAUUUGCAACAUUAAUCAUGCAUGAAUAAGUGCAGGCUAACUGCUUGUGUUUUUGAUAAAGCUCCAUUUCAUCACUUUGCCUUUGGUAGUUUAAACAUUUUGAUCUAAAAAAAAAAAAAAAAAAGGAAAACUUGCCUGAACUGGAUGAGGCUGAAAAUGUUGUGAAAUCAAAGACAAUAAAAUGCUUUUCUACAACAUAAUGCUUUUUGUUUGUGGUACUUUCGAUGCUUUCAUGUCAAAUGCAAUG